AUGGGACUUGGACAUACCUUGUGCCUUUGGACUCACAAAGGGGCUGGUGGAGUAGCUGCCUUUGAGCCCGGACAGAACAGGUACAUUCUGGGAGCUGGAAAAGAUGAGAGCUCCCUGAACUAUGCAGAAUGGGAGUGCCGUCUGCUGCAGUUCCUGAGAACAUCUCUGGAAGCCAUAAAGAAUGAGACCUGGAAUAUGAAGCUGAAUGGCGAGUUAACUCAGCAGAUGGCCCACUAUCCAAACUUUUCCAAGGAGAAGAAUUUCCUCUAUAAGGCUGUGGGGGGAGCACUGGCAGCGUCUCAGAACAUCAGCUACAUUGAAGAACAGCUGCAGAGCUACUUGGAAAGAGUCAGACGUCUGGAACCUUCUGAGAGAGAGGGACCGAUUUCGGUGUUAGCAUCCUCUGCUGAGGGCCACUUCGACCUGGCCUUGAAGACAGUCCACGACUUUGCUGCUGCUGGGGAGAAUAGGAGACUUCCUAGGGUCUUCACCCUCCAGAAGGAGCACCAGAAGGAGAACGGAGCAAAGACAGCUGCUGCUGUCAUGCUCAUCUACAGUAAAAUAGCACUCCAUGCACCCAAGCAGCAGCUUCUUGCCCGGGUCGAGACGGACAUUGUAGAGAACAUCCUGUGCCAGUACAGAACCAGCCCUCAGGACACAGAACUCAAGCUGGCCCUAAUCCAGAGUGUCACAGAAGUCAGCUGCGCCCUUCAAGGUGUUGGCACCUGUGAGAACUUCAGCUUUGCUUCGAAGAGGGUGCUGCUGGAGAUUGUGCUGGUGAGUGACAUGGAGUGA